AUGGUGCCGAGUGGAGACGCCUUUGCGCCGCGGCACGGCCAUGCGGCGACCGCCGCCGCCCACCCUGUCGACGGUGACAACGGCAGUGAGGCCGAUGCGGGGUCGGUUCUCGUUUACGGCGGCAAGGACGCGCAGGACGAGCUGCUACAAGGAGUCUUCCGACUCUCCCCUGCGGCUUGCGGCGAGGCGGGCGGCGCCCGGUGGACGCUGCUCCGCGAAUCGGGCGAAGGCAAGGUGCCGCCUGUCGGCCGGGCGGAGCACUCCCUCUCCUGGGGCAAUGGAGCCGGCUGGCUCUUUGGCGGCGCGGACGAAAGCGGCUUGCGAGGCGACCUGCUCCGCCUCAGCUUGACGAGCAGCGGCGCUGGAGAGUUUGACUGCCGCUGGGAGAUCCCACGCUGCACGGGCGCCGCGCCAAGCCCUCGAGGGAUGCACGCCGCGACUGUGCUGCCUGGUGGUGGUGGCGGCGACGCGCUCGUGAUUCACGGCGGGCGUGGCGGCGACGGAUCGAAGCCGCUCGGCGACCUCUUCAUCCUCGGCCUCUCACGUCUGUGCUGGUCCUCCGUCUCGCAAGCGGGCGGCGCGCGCUUUGGCCACGCCGCUGCGCCACUGCCGGUGGCGGCUGCGAGGGCGACGGCCGCUGCGAGCGAGACGGUCCUCUUCUUUGGGGGUAUCACGACCAACGGCGCAUCUGCUUCCAUCGACCCGCCUUCGCGACGGUUCGCCCACGCCAUGGCGGCGCUGGGUGGCUCUGCGUACGUCUUUGGUGGCUCGGACGCGAGCUGCGAGAUGGGGGACCUCUAUGCGGCAGAGAUGGAGGAGUAG